AUGUCCGUCACUCCGGCCCGCGCACGCGCCCCUUCCGGCGCAGGGUCAGACCCGCGGCGCAACUCAGACGCAACCGCAACGUCGAGCCCCGCCUCGUCCCAGGUCGCCUGGGGCGCGUCGCGCGCAGACCAGAUCAUCUACCGCUUCUACCUCAAGACGGUGGCCGUGCUCGUUGACGGACGCGUGACCCAUGUCAGCGCACAGCGCGGGGAGCGCAAGAAGGACCGCUGGUUCAACAUCACCGUCCCAGAUACCGAGGUACACAAGACGGAUCUGCGCAUCUAUCGCGCCGUCUCGUCGUAUACGCCCCUUCCUGAUCCGCCAGCUGGCGCGUCUUGCUCAACCAUUCCCCCACUCCUUAUCGCGUUCAUCCUUGACACAAACGACAUCCCAGUUAGCCAGACGCUGCUGUGGAACCGCGACGGAGCGCGCUUCGCACUCGACCCUUCGCUCGUCAAACAGAGUGGAGGGUCAGGGACACGCCGCCCCGGCAUUGUCCUUGAGAGAUGGACACUCCGUGUAACGGACCAGGAGGCCGCCAACCUCGCACAGUCCGAGAUGGCACCGCCCACGGCGUAUCGCCUUGGCAUCAUACACUUCCGUGCGCUCUACGCAUUCAUCCGCCUCCUCCCCGCGUACCGACUGUUCAGGCGCCUGCGGCGCUUAAACACCGGCCUCCGUCUAGGUAUCAAGCUCUGGGGCCCAGAAGGAUACCCUAACAGCCAAGAGGGCUUGGACGACGCUUGGAACGUGAUGGAGCGCGACCUCGUAGGGAUCGACGUUCCACUGGAGUAUAUGAUUCCCGGGCGCGAACCCGACGCCACGACCUCCUCCACAUGCGAGCGGUACGACUUUCCCCCACUCCAGCUGUUCGGCGGCAUGUACGAGCUCGGGGUCGAGUACCGGCCUAACAUGGACUUUGACGUCGAGGACAUGGAGAGCGUGCUCUCGGAGCGCUUUGUGGACAUGGACGAGGACUGGUUCACGCCGACCGUCGCGCGCCAUCGUCUUGAAGCAGAGGCGCGCGCGGCAGGGACACCGCCGUACUCCUCGUCUCCAUCCCGACCAUCACCGGUCCAAGCGUCGCCGUCCCCAGCCCGUUAUCCCAUACCGGGCAGCUCAUUACGCUACGAGGCCGGCAGCUAUCGCCCUUCUUCGGGCACCACACCCAGGGAGCCCAGCUCACUAGGCGCAGCUAAGUGGGGAGCGCUGGGCGAGAACUUGCCCUUCGCUUCAGGUACACAGAGUGACACCCCGCCUUCGCCGAGCGCUGUCACAGGGGGAGCACCAACAAUACCUGGGCCCAUCCCCUAUCGUCGUCCAUCGGCCCACUCCUUCCAACCUUUCCACUCCUACUCGGCUUCGCCGUCAGCGUCGGUACUGCGCAAUCUCACUGGUGUGUCUGCGGGGACGGGUGGGACCCCAGCUGCUUCUGGCACCCCUGGCACGCCCACCACGUCCGGAAGUGGGCGCGCAAUACCUGGCUUACCGUCGUCUACGGGGCGGCAGAGCUCGUUUCUCUCUCAGUCCGGUCGAUCGUACAGCCAUGCGCAGAUGGCACACCUGCAGGGCGGGGCCUCCGCAUCUCCGCCAAUCGGCCAUUUCGGUGGCUCUCCACCACCCUUCGCUCCUUCGAGCCUCAGCUUCGCCAAGCAAGCGCUUCCGAGGCAGUCCUCGUACGGGAUACACUCGACGUCGUCGCCGUUCGUCCCUUCUUCUGUCGAGCGUGACUCGCCAUUGACUGCUUCGGGUUUGCCGAAGCGAUACUCGUCGUCGCUGCCGCAUCACCGACGGAGUAUAGGCAGCAGUCCCCAGGAGACGCACGGCCUGCCAUCGAGUGUGUCACUCAACAGGCGCCCCAGCACGCGUGAGUCUGGGUUACGACACAGCCUCGAUGAAGCACCAAGAGACAGCGACGAUGUACACGCGUUCUUACGUGCGCUCGACUCGUGGACGCCACCUCCCUCUCUUGCGCCGCGGUCCUCGUCGGCGAGCCUACCCCAGUCGCAACCCGGCAACCCAGCCGUAACGACAACGGCCCCAACACCAGGCUCGGGAGGCAGGUCUCCAGCCUUGGGCAGUGGGAGUGGCAGCGGUGUGUCCGGUACGCGGGUCCCACUGACCCGUACCCACGUCGAUGACAUGCUCAAGCGUAUGGCCGGAAGCUUCGGCCCGACUAUGACUGCCACAGGAAGUGCCGAACCUUCGCGACCUCCGUCGGCUCUGCCAACGCCAUCGUCGAGACGCGACUCCAACGGCUCGACAGAGGACCAGUUGUACGAUGCGGCCGGUGUGAGACCGCUGCCCAUUGGUGGCGGAGCGCUAAGUGCGCAGCGACCUGCCACAGGCUCGCCGCGGGUAGCGAGCCUCAGGAACGAGGUCACAGGCUCGCCAGGCCAAGUCCCACGCGGCUCGGUCCCGCGAGCCUCUGGUUCGUUACCAAGAGCGCCUGCAUUAGCCUCGACACCGGAAGAGCCGCCCUGCUUUGGCGCGGCGCGCAGUCUCCCUGCUGGCCCAGCCAAGACUCCCGGAUUCCCCCAGAUCGGGGGCACGACCCCUGGUUCGCCGUUCCCCUCGCGGCAUGGCGCAAUCAACGGAGCGGGCCUAGUCUCGCCCCAGACAACGGGCGGCACACGGCGCGGGCCGGUCUUAGUCCGCGGCGGCUUCGGGGCGCCGAGCGCUUCCAGCAAGGCGAGCACGUCGAGCUCGUCACCUUCCCACUCCCCAGUCAGGGAGUAUCGGUACCGCUCUGGACUCACCGCUGAACGGGAACGUUCACAGCGCGAGCGUGAUGGCUUUUUUGCAGGCAUUGGACUGCCGUCGGGAUACGCCAUCGGGGGACUCAGCGGCCUCCCUCCUGGUCCGUUCAACUCGUUCUCGAAUGCGGGGUCGCGCGGCGCCAGCAGCACGCGCCGCACUGCGCCCAGCAGUCUCGGAGCUGACCACGACGUGCCGCGUAUGCGAGGCCGUGUGGCGAGCGAGGGCGGCGGGUCGCCAAUCUGCGAGCGUUCAAUGUCAGGGGUGCGCAGCACAUCGCCGCGCUCGCCGGUUGUCGACGGCCUCAUGGCACGCUUAGCCUUGGCUCACGGUUAUGACGACCGGGCCCAAGGACGUGAGCUGUCGUCGAGUCCGGCUGAGGAGUAG